UGUGGACCUGGCUGGUAUUGUCACUGAAUCUGAGAGCUGCGGUCAAAGGCAUAAGAACCUCUGUCAAUGUGAGAGCGACAGCCAGUAAACAAGAGAUCUGCUGGUCUGUGACUGAGAAGACUAUAAGUGUGUCCCAGUGCAACUAACAAAGGGUUGUAGGCCACAAACAGAAUCCACUCUGCCAUGGCUCAGGAAGCAGGGAGUCCGUUCUCUCAUCCAUACUGGCCACGGGACCUGCAGUUAGAUGGUUACCGUCCUAAUGACCGCCCCAUGUGGAUGAUCCUUGCCUUCCUGUUCUCUGUGUCAGGAGUUUUUCUUGCAGGCACAUGGCUACUUACCGGCCGAGCCUCUGGAAUGAGCACUGCACGAAGACUUGUGCUGUGCUGGUUUGCAGUCUGUGGGUUCAUCCACUUGGUGAUCGAAGGCUGGUUUUCUCUUUACUAUAUGGACAUCUUGAAGGAUCAGGCGUUCCUGUCACAGCUUUGGAAGGAGUAUGGCAAGGGGGACAGUCGAUAUAUCAUAUCAGAUAAUUUCACAGUUUGCAUGGAGACCAUCACCGCCUGGUCCUGGGGCCCUCUGAGCAUCUGGACUGUUAUCUCCUUCUUGCAGGGAAAACCUUACCGUUUUGUGCUUCAACUUAUUGUGUCUCUGGGUCAGCUUUAUGGUGAUGUCCUUUACUUCUACACAGAGUAUCAGGAUGGGUUCAAGCACAGUGAAAUGUGGCACCCGUUGUAUUUCUGGUUUUAUUUUGUGUUUAUGAAUGCAUUGUGGAUUGUCAUUCCUUCUACACUCAUUGCGGACGCCUGGAUCCAGAUAAGUCAGGCACAGCGCUCUUUAGACACUACCCGGAUUCCCAACAAAUCAAAGAGGAAAUGAGCAAAUCUCCACCUUCCCGCUGGACAUACGGACACAGAGAUAUACACAGUGUAUGAGCUGUGUACAGAGUAAAAUGAUGUGGGUAUACGUGCGUAUAUAUGUAAUGAGUGAAGGCCACAGUGUUUUUAGUAUACUGUACCUUUAAAGAGGUUUUAUCGAUGAUUUAUUCUGACUUCCUGUUUGUAUCUUGUUCAGUGGUUCUGUGUUAUUUUCUUUGCACAAUACGUUUACACUCAGUCUGUGACUGAGCAAUAAAUCCUAAGUCCAGUGUUUUACAUCUA